CCAUUCAUUGAUUUAUCCACCCAUCUUCCUCCUCCUCCACUACUACUACAAGUAGUAAAAAACAUCAUCAAGAAGAGAAUUGUGAAAAUGGAAGAACAGAGCAAUUUCUACAAAGUCUGUGUAACUGGAGGUUCUGGUUUCAUUGGUUCUUGUCUUGUCAAGAAACUCCUGGAAAGAGGACACACUGUCCAUGCCACCACCCAAAAUCUAGGGGAUGAAUCCAAGGUCAAGGUUUUGAAAUCUUUGCCUAAUGCAGAAACCAAUCUGGUGCUGUUUCAAGCAAAUAUAUACAACCCAGAUGAAUUUGGACCUGUCAUUGAGGGAUGUCGUUAUGUCAUCCAUUUGGCAACCCCUCUUCAGCAUAACCCCGCCGGCGCCGCCUCUUCUUCUCCGUACAAGGACACUACAGAAGCUGCGGUCGCCGGGGUGAGAACCAUUGCAGAUUUGUGCAGUAGAUCGGCAACUGUGAAACGUUUGAUCUUCGCGGGCAGCGUGAUGGCUGCUUCGCCUUUUAAAGAAGAUGGGUCUGGUUAUAAAGCUUGUAAUGAUGAAUCUUGCUGGACUCCUCUGCAUCUUCCUUAUUCUUCCUUGAAGAACGACAUGGAUCUCCUGGCUUAUGUUAGGUCAAAGACAUUAUCAGAGAAAGAAUUACUUGGGUAUAACGUGGGUGAACUGGAAGUGGUGAGCCUGAUAUGUGGACUGGUUGGAGGGGAUGUUCAAAUGUUGGGUUAUGUGCCAAUGAGCGUACGAGCUGUAGUAGGGCAGUUAACGGGACAUCCUUUCAGUUAUUUAGGGUUAAAAUCGAUUCAAGAAUUGUCGGGAUCAGUUCCUCUUAUACAUAUUGAAGAUGUUUGUGAAGCAUUUAUAUUCUGCACUGAGCAAUCUUCAAUGAAGGGUAGGUUUAUGUGUGUGGCUGUUGAUCCAACAAUUUCCGAGAUGGCUGAGUAUUUCCAAAACAAGAAUCCUAAACUCAAGAUACAGGACGGGCUGAUUGUAGAAGCAGAGAAGGGAAGCUGUUGUGACAUUUCUAAGCUUAAGAAGAUGGGAUUUAGUUAUAAAUAUGACAUGGAUGUUAUAUUAAACGACAGCAUCAACUGUGCAAAGCGAUUUGGUCUCUUGCAACUCUAGUUAUACUGUUUGUUUGAUUGUUUAAGAUGAAUUAAUUUAUAUGUACUUCAGACCGGAUCUUCAGGAGUUUGUUUAUGUGGAUUGGUUGGUUUUGAUUUCCUCUUUAUAUAUAUAACCAGGUGGGAUUAAUUAUA